AAGUAGUAAUUGUGCAGAAUUAGAUUCAAAGGAUGGUGAAUAAAUGAGCAUGAAAAGUCUAAUCCAAUCAGGGCUGAAAUAACCCAUAAAAAUAUGCCAUUUAAAGUUAAUUUCAACGGAGAAGAAAAUGUGGACAGCGGAUUAAAGUGUCUAUUAGGGUGUCAGAAUCAAAAAUUUCAUUUAUUUUUAUUUUACCUUUAUUAGGAAGUCCCAUUGGGAUCAAAAAUCUAGGUCUCUCUUUUACAAGAGAGACCUAGCCAAGGUAGCAGCCGUACAAAAUCACAACAUAUUAAAAUGUAACAACACAAUAUACAAAAACUCAUAAUAAAACAGAACAGCCAUUCAAACACAAGAAAAACAGCUACAUGCCUCCAUCACCAUAUUCUUAAAUUCAUCAAUGGAUAGCCUAUAAAUGUUUCUAAUUUUAGAUCUUUUUGCAGAUUAUUCCAUGCCUAAGGUGCAUAGUAGGAAAAUGCAGUUUUCCCCAGAUCUGUCAAAAGUCAGGGUACAUUAAAAAUCAACUACUUGAUCAACUAUUUUCAUGAGCCUGCGCAAAUGAGAUUAUAUCAUGCCUAAGGUGCACAGUAGGAAAAUGCAGUUUUUCCCAGAUCUGUCAGGGUACAUUAAAAAUCAACUACUUGGAGGAGUGUAGCUGGUAACUACCAGAGCUGAGACAGAGAAGGGUACAGAGCUGAGGUGCCAUUGGUUUGUUUUGACUCCGGUGGACAGCAGAAGAGAAGCAGAUCAACUUGCAGUCCUUGGACUUCAAACACGACCUCCGCUGGCACCCACACAACCGGGCUCUGCUCUUUUACUUUUUUUUUUUUUUUUUUUUUUUUACCUUGAUAUGUUUUUGCAUCUUAUACGUUUUUGCAGUCAUGGCGGACAUCUCCUGUACGGACACCAACAACAUUUUUUGAGACUUUGCAACGUCGUCGACACCUUCUGUGCGGAUACCUAGACUCCGUGGACCCCCUAAAUGCCUUUAAUUGAGAAAAGGCUUUGGACGUUCAGUGUUGUGAAUGUGUACAAGCAACAGAUGACUUGAUAGAGAUGGGUAAUAAGCAGACUAUAUUUACCGACGAGCAGCUGGAUGCCUACCAGGAGCACAGCUCAGACAGAAUGGAUACAAUGGGAAAUAUAAAUUGAAGUGCCUCCAGUAGGGCUGUCAGAUAAUGCGUGUGCCAACACGUGCACGCCUUCGUGUAGACAGCUACAGAUCAACACCAGAUCAUGUUCCCCUGCCUCAUCGUUCCCAUUGCAAGUGGCAGGAUUGCACGUUUUUCACUCGCAAGGAAAUCUUGCGGUUGCACGGCAGGUACCAUGAGUUGGCUCCACAUCUUGUACCAAUGGACUACACCAAUGAUCCUGAUUGUAAAUUGCCUUUAGCCUUGAUAGUCAACAUGCCAGAGUUAAAGGAAAACCCAUUCCGCAACAGGAUAGUAGAGUCUUUCUCAGAGGAUGGGAUGGGGAAUCUCAGCUUCAAUGAAUUUGUGGAUAUGUUCUCAGUCCUCAGUGAAAUGGCUCCUAGGGAACUGAAGGCCAUAUAUGCCUUCAAAAUAUACGAUUUCAAUGUGGAUAAUUACCUGUGCAAAGAGGACCUGGAAAAGACUCUGAAUAAGCUGACAAAGGAGGAGUUGACUCCUGAGGAGGUGGUGCUGGUGUGUGAGAAAACCAUCGAGGAGGCUGAUUUGGACGGAGACAACAAACUCUCCUUUGCUGAUUUUGAAAAUAUGAUAUCUAGGGCUCCCGACUUUUUAAGUACCUUCCAUAUACGAAUCUGAGAGGGCUCCAUGGUCGUCAGCUUGGUGAACCUCAGCACAAUGACUGACUCUCCUACUUUCAAAAGAAAAAAGAAUCAUACGUCAGUCCUCUUCGGCUCUUCUCCAGCUGUCCUCGCCUCAGUGAAGACUGCCUAGUUAGAGAAUGAACUACUGGAUGAAGCUGAAUUCUCAGGAUCCUCGAUUCCUUUACAGUAGAUGAACAAAUGUAUUUUCCUUUUCAUGAAACAGAUAUUUCAAAUUUUUAUCACCACCUUUAAAAGGGCUUGACCUGGAUUGGUCUCUUGUAGGGAGAAAAGGCUAUUCAUUCCACAGUUUGAGCCUGAAGUGAACCUGAAUAUGGAUUGCUGCUUUUUGAGCACAUACAAGAAUGCAUAAUAAGUUGAUCUACCUAUAUUGCACAUGCGAUACCAACAGUGAUGUCUUCCUGUAAUGACACACUAGAUAUUUAGUAUUUAUAAGGCAAAGGACAAAGCCUGAAGCGAAUGAAAGCACAGCGAUGGUGUAAAGGGCAUACGGUUAUUCUCCUCUAUGAGCUAUGCAAUAUUUGUACAUGCAUGGGACACUUGUGGUUCUUUUGCAGUGUAUUGCUUCUUGUUAUCUGAGGUUGUGUUUUUGCUCGUGAAACUGCAACAUGAUGACAAUCAUAUCUUAUUGUUCUCCAGUUAAAUGAAGGGCUCUGUCAUCUGAACUCAUUUUGGUAGCUUUCAUCUUCUGCCUCAGCCAUUAUCCUGAGAUGUUAGUUACAGCCAUUUUUUGAAUAUACAUUUUUCAGUAUUUUAUGUAUUACUUUGAAUAAAUGUUUUUCUUUU